AUGAGCUCUUCGAGCAACAAGGAAGUCCCUUCCAAGGGCACCAAGAGAGGCGAUACAGCGACUGCCUCGGACACUGUUCCCAGGGGGGCUAGAACCACCGGGGCAGUCAAUCCGCCUAGGAGCGCUCCACCAUCGGUUCCCCAGCUGAACCUUCCCGCGGAUCACUCUGAGGACGCAGGGAACCUUCCCGCCCAAGGAGGCUCGAGAUCGAGGAAACAAACCGCAAAGUCUACACCCACCAGAGCGCCGACAGCGAGUGAAAUUUCGAGCCUAUUGUCGCCUGAAUCCGCCUAUGAUUCGGAUUCCAAAGACAAGAUCACGACCGCUCAGGGCGGGCAGCUAGGAGAGAACACUGGAGCGGUGGUCGUCAAACCGACGAAUGGGCGAUGGUCUGCCUCCGUAGCACUCUUGAUGUCGAAUUCCCAGCAACCACAGGCCUCUGCAGCAUUCGCAAAUACCGCCGUUGCAGACCUACUGAAAGAAUGCUGGGACUAUAUUUUGAUCGCGGUCGCGCAUACCAGAAGACUUCAAGAACUCUCCAAGAGUGAGGGUAUCCCCGAGGCCGAAUGGCGACGACCAUGGGAUGGGCUGAUCGAGUCUGUAUUUUUGUUGGUGAAGAUGGGGAAGCUUCGCUUUAUGGUGGAGAAAACUAUCAAAAUGUCGAGAAGUCAGCUUGCGCUAGGUACCACGCAAGUGGUCAAGCAAGUCGCUGAGCUUUGUCUCCAAUUCUCGGGACUCCACAACCGCUUUAAAACACGCCGGAGAGCUUCACGUAACCUGGACUUGGGACACGAGAAGCUGAAUGAUGCCGAUGCGACCAAGAAGGCGGCGUUCGUGAAACAGCAUGCCCAGGCCGCUCAGCUCUUUCAAUCGUCAGUAGAUAUCACGAAAUGCGCAGAUGAAGCCAAGGAAAGGAUGAAGUAUGAUCCUUCCACUGCUAAGUGCGAUGCUCUGGUCACUCUUGCUUUCAAUUUGGACGGCUUCGAGGACGUCGCGGACGCUGAGCGUAGCAAGUUUUCCCUCUUCCACGAGGCAGAGGGCAAAGACGACCCUAUCUGCCCGCAAGAUUCCCUCAUGUCGACAGAUGUGCUAUCCCAUUCAUCGAUGGCGACCCAGAGCAAAAAUCUCGCUCAUGAUAUAUUCUGUCUGAAUACACCGUCUGCUGGACUUGGUCCCGAAUACGCCCCUCCGGCGCACAUUGGCGCAAGCUCCUCAGAGCCGACCUUGGUCACGCCAGAGCACAAAAACGUCCUUCAUCUGCCUUUCUUCGUAGUAGAAUACAAAAAGGGGCAGAGCGAACAUGACGCAGGGUCAAACCAAACUAGACUUUAUCUGAACGCCGCCGCUUCCUAUCUGGCCGCCGCCGGUAUUCUGGAACAACCUGUCUUCGGCCUUACUACUAAUGGCCAGCACGGAGUGCUGUCGUGCGCGUACGCUCGGCGCGACACUAAUAACCUUAGCGACCCCACGCAUAUUAUGAUCCUCGAACGAAAUGCGAUGGUUUUCGACCUGGCAAAUCCGCUGUCUUGUGCCCACUUCGCCUCCUGCCUGUGUUAUAUGGCUGUACAUCUUGUCCCAGGUCUUCAGGCCAAGGCGACCGAGAACCUUGCUGCGUCGCAUCUUGUCACCCGCAUCGUACAGAAGGAACUGUCGACUCAGUGGAUCUUGUUGACGGUGACCUCCAUGAUUGCAAACCUUGACCUCUCUAGCGUCCUCUAUCUUCCUCUUACCCAUGAUUCCAUCCCGCAAGACAUCAAAUGCCUUCUGCCAUCUUCAUCAUCUCUUGAGAGCCCUACCAAGGCCAUAGACGAGCGGAAACCCCUCACGAUUUCUGCAGAAGUUCUGGACAGUCUCAAGGGACUUUCCUCUGAUCCCGCUAGUUUGGUUGCAUAUGGUGCACGGAUAUCUGAGCCAGACGUAUUCGUGAUUGAGAAGGCGACGUUUGCAACGUCCAGGCCAUGCAGGGAGGAUUACGCUGGCUUAGCCUCUUUCUAUCCCCUAGCUCGCAUAGCAUCACUAUUGGUGAUGCGGGUUACUUCCGAGGAUGCGGCUCGACGCUCUGUCCUAACAGCGUCUAGGCUACCCCUUCGAGCCACUGACGAUGCCUGGCAUGACGGUUCAGAAACCACGUCAGACUCGUCUGAUUUCCGGACAGCCCGUUCUCGUGUUACCUCGGAGAGCUCAAUACCUCUUCAAACCAGCUGGCAAAUUUACGAAAACACCGACCCCAUCUCCCAUUAUUCCCUAUUCGCGGACUACCGCGACUUCGGUCCCUCCGUCCCCGUCGUCUGCGUAGCUGAGGAUGAUGCCAUCAUAUCCUUGUUGCGCAGCGCGGUGUAUCAACGACUUGCGUGGGGCAUGAGCACGCCAAUCGUCGGAGUUACGCUAUAUCCCCGGUCACCUGUAGUUCAGGUUUUACUCGCCUGGCCAGGUAUACCUGCCCGAGAGGAUUCCUUGCCAAUGGUGAACAUUGCAAGCAAUCCAUCAAGGCAGGCUAACUCUGGGGCCGGCUGGUUUGAUCUGAGCUCUCCCAAUGCAGCAGCAGCGUUCGUCCGAUACAUUUCGGACAUGGUCGAGCAUGAGGCGCAUGCGUUUUUGCUAGCGCCCAGCUCACAGGUCGAGCCCUUUGAGUGGCGCUCGGACUAUGUUGAUCAUCAUGCUAGACUAGCGAGCAUCUAUCGGGAUAAAUCGGCAUCAUUGUAUGCGUGGGCAAAAGAUGCUCUUGGCAGUAUUCCUGAACCCAAUACGCCAUCAACACACUUGGCCUUCGAUGAAGAACCAGAGAGCUUGCCUGAUAGCCCAGAGGAUGUUGCAUACAUUCAGAGGUCUACGCAUGCUGACAUCACAACGGGCGCCUCGAACAUAAACCAACCAUUCACAACAGUUACCCGCUGGCUUUGGGAUCGCCUCGCAACUACUCAGUCGGUACUCCCUUUCGUCGAAUCAGGAACUAUACCUGCAUCGUAUAUAUCUCUCACUCGCUUUGCUUGGAGCGAUGACUGGGACGGUUCUGCUCCUCUUCCGGACAGCGUAGCCGAGUAUAGCCAUCUUAGAAGCAGGCUUCUCGAUAUGAAGCAAGCGGAUUCCGCCUUGACCGACCAAACAAUAGGAGCAGGGAUCACUCUGGGAGAACCGACUGUCCGCGUCUGUGAAGACCCUUACGACGUACGGGAUUUGGCUUCGAGCGACCCGAUCUAUGGUUUCUGUGACUCCGUAGCGACACUUUGCCUGCCGAACUUCGUUACUAGUCAGGCCUCUCGGAACCUCCGACACGCUGCGGAAAACUUUGCUUUGCUACGGAAAGGACCAGCACCAAAGGCCGUAGCAUACUGGCAUGGCGUCUGCGAUGUCAACGCUUCGCGUUUCCAGUUUGCAGCCGCUCAGAACUUGUUCCAUGCCUAUGUCCGUUCCUCCUGCCCCCAACUUAAUGGGCUCUACGAACUACCAGAAGAGACGCUCCAACUUGAGCAUAUUGAGCGCCCACCUUCUCUUCCUCCGUCUGCCUCCAUGACCAGCGAGAACGAGGCUGGUAUCAUUGACGAUGACGAAUCGGCUAGCUCGAGUGCGGCCUCCUCAUUAGAGCUACCGCUCCUGUUCGUAAACCACACGCCACCGGAGAAGGCUAUCGCUCAUGUGGGAGCCCACCAACACCGGAUGUGUGCGGCUUCUGGUGCUGCAUUCUUUGGCGCUGCGGGGCUCAACAACGUUCCCGUCUUCAGCCUGGUCACGAACGGUACCCAGGGUGUACUCACGUGUGCCUGGGCUGAAGUCUACGAUGGCUUUCAACGCAUCAGGAUUGCGGAACGCAACGGCGUCUUGUUCGACCUCACGAACCCGCUAUCAGCGUUCCAUUUCGCAGCCUUCCUUGUGCGUCUGAAGCACGAACACGGCCGACUGCUACGCGAACGCUUGGACGAACCUGCCUUGGCCCGGCUACGUGAACGCCUGGAACAGGGAGAAUAUGAGACUCGGUGGACUAUGUCACAUUACGUCGACGAGCAGGAGAGACUGAAUCCUUCUUGA